AUGCCGCGCUUCCUGUGGCUACUUCCCGCUAUUUUGGUCGCGUUGUGUAACGUUGCCACCGCCGACGACCAGGAAAAAGUCGAUACGCUCGCCAAAAAAUCCAUUUCCGAGGCGACGGACGCCAAAUCCAGCCCCGAAGUGAAAAGCUCGAUUGGCGCGACCGGUAAAUCCCUGAAAGUAGUUGCUAGUCCUGCGACAAGUACGAAUGGUCCUAUUGAAUACUACAAAACCAAGUACGAUCAUGUGGAUAUCGAAAUGUUGCUUAACAACAGGAGGAUGGUUAAUUAUUAUUUGAAAUGUAUGUUGAAUCAAGCUCCUUGUCCACCCGAUGGGGCUGAGUUUAAAAGAAUCCUCCCAGACGCCAUACGAACGAACUGCAUCCGAUGCACCGACAAGCAGAAGGCCGUCACGAUCAGGGCGAUAAAACGUCUCAUGAAAGAAUACCCCAAGGUAUGGGCUCAACUUGCAGCAGCCUGGGAUCCCCAGGACGUCUACGUCAAGGUAUUCCUCGACACCUACAACAGCUUCGAGUACCGCCCUACGACUACCACCACCACCACCUCCACCACGGCCAGAUCCUCCUUCUUCGACAGAUUCGGCGGCGGCGACGACGACGGCGUCGCGUCCCAAAAGAAACCCGCGACGCCGGGCGUUUUGUUCAACCUGCCCCCUUUGCCCACCAUACCCAACAGGGUGUUGGACAAGGUGGAACCGUUCGCUAACGGGAUCGGGGCCGGUUUCACGGCGACGGUAAGUUCGGGAACCAGGCUGGGCGAGAAUCUCUUGAGAGGAAUCGUUGCUGUUGGUAAUAGAGCCAUCGAGACGGGGGCUCAAAUCGCCGAUGUUGUGGUCAAAAGUUUCACGAAGCCCCUUUGA